UAUUCAAAAUCGGCAUCGCGCUUGUGGUGGUUGUUGUGCCCGCGCGUUCUCUUAUUAAUUCCUUUCCCUGGAAAUAAGGGUGGUCGGUAUUUCAAUUCGUUCCGCACGACACACGAAAAAAAGUUAACAAAAAGUAUUAAAAGUGUAGCAAGUUCCUUUGAAUAAGUGUCACUCCAUAAAAGCAAUAAAUUUAUCUAAAAGUUAACAUCGACAAAAGCAAUUCGAGGAAGCAACAAUGUUUUCACGUCCAAGUCUGUGUGGCACUGUUGGGAAACUGUGCCGCUGCGGCACUUCCACAACUGCAGCAGGAACAACCACAUCCCCGGCUGUCUCGGCUCUGGCACUGUGCGAGGCCCGUCGCUAUCAUGAGGUGGUGGGUGACAUUAUCUGCCCAUCGCAGGUGCGAGGCAUCGAUCACAUCCGUGAUCCGCGUCUCAACAAGGGUCUGGCCUUUACUUUGGAGGAGCGCCAAGUGCUGGGCAUCCAUGGCCUGCAGCCGGCGCGCUUCAAGACGCAGGAGGAGCAGCUGCAGCUGUGCAAAAUCGCCGUUAAUCGCUACACAGAGCCGCUGAACAAGUAUCUGUAUCUGAGCGAUCUGCACGAUCGCAACGAGCGGCUCUUCUUCCGCUUCCUCUCCGAGAACAUUGAGGAUCUCAUGCCCAUUGUGUAUACGCCCACCGUGGGCCUGGCCUGCCAGCGCUUCGGUCUGAUCUACAGGCGUCCCCACGGCCUCUUUGUCACCUACAACGAUCGGGGACACAUCUUCGAUGUGAUGAAGAACUGGCCGGAGCCAAAUGUGCGGGCCAUUUGCGUGACCGAUGGCGAGCGCAUUCUCGGCCUCGGCGAUUUGGGUGCCUGCGGCAUGGGCAUUCCCGUGGGCAAGCUGGCCUUGUACACGGCCCUCGCCGGCAUCAAGCCGCACCAGUGCCUGCCCAUUGUGGUGGAUGUGGGCACCAAUAACAUCGAUCUGCUGGAGGAUCCCCUGUAUGUGGGUCUGCGCCAGAAGCGUGUGGUCGGCCGCGAGUACGACGACUUCAUCGACGAGUUCAUGGAGGCGGUGGUGAAGCGCUACGGGCAGAACACCCUCAUCCAGUUCGAGGACUUUGGCAAUCACAAUGCAUUUAGGUUCCUGGACAAAUACCGCAACAACUACUGCACCUUCAACGACGACAUCCAGGGCACUGCCGCCGUGGCUGUGGCCGGACUGUAUGCCUCCAAGCGCAUCACCGGCAAAUCCUUCAAGGAUUACACCUUCCUGUUCGCCGGCGCCGGUGAGGCUGCCAUCGGCAUUGCCGAUCUGGUCGUCAAGGCCAUGGUGGCCGAGGGCGUACCCAUCGAAGAGGCCUACCACAAGAUCUACAUGGUGGACAUUGACGGUCUGCUGACGACCACUCGCAAAGUGGGCAACCUGGAGGGUCACAAAGUCAACUAUGCCAAGGACGUUGAACCCAUGGCGGAUCUCGAGCAGAUUGUGACGGCCAUCAAGCCCAAUGUGCUCAUUGGUGCAUCGGCCUGUGCCGGCCUGUUCACGCCCAAGAUUCUCCGCACCAUGGCGGACAACAACGAGAGGCCCGUGAUAUUUGCCCUCUCCAAUCCAACCAGCAAGGCGGAAUGCACAGCCGACGAGGCGUACCAGAACACGGAUGCUCGCGUGAUCUUCUCAUCGGGCUCGCCCUUCCCACCGGUCAAAGUGGGCGACAAGACGUACAAUCCGGGCCAGGGCAACAACGCUUACAUCUUCCCUGGCGUGGGUCUGGGCGUGAUCUGCACUGGCACGCAUCACAUACCCGAUGACAUGUUCCUGAUUGCCGCCCAGGAGCUGGCCAACUUUACGGAGGCGACCGACAUUGAGCGCGGCUCGCUGUAUCCGCCGCUGGCGAGCAUCCGUGAUGUGUCCAUGAAUAUUGCCAUUGGUGUGACCAAGUGUGCCUAUGACAAGGGUCUGGCAUCCACCUAUCCGGAGCCACAGGACAAGCGCAAGUGGCUGGAGGAUCAGCUGUAUAACUUCAACUAUGAGUGCUCGAUGCCGGUGACCUGGACCUGGCCGCGCAUGCCCUACAUUAAGACUCGCGCUGAAAGCCCGCUCAUUGCCGCCAUCAAAUAAGCAAGCCCAAGCCAAGCCAUAGCCAAGCCAAGCGUUCAAGUUCAAGCUCAAGCGUGUUGGCACCACCUACUCUCUAUGUUUUUGCAUCUCCUAACCCACUUCUACUACUGCUACUACUACUACUGCUCGUACUACUUCCAAUGCGUUCGUUCACCAUCCAGCACCAAGCCAAUCAAUCUACUAACCAAAGCUACCGCAUCCAGACAGCACACACAAACAAAAAGAACAGAUUUCAGCUGCUAUGCCUACAUAUAUAUGUAUAUAUGUUGCUGCGUUUGCGAUUGAUUCGUUUGCCUCCGUUUGCCCAGCCAAUCAGCCAAUUA